CCGCCGGAGUUUUGGCUGACUUGAUUCCGCCUUCAUAAACUCGCUAUUCGUUUACUGGAAAUAGGGCAUUCACGAAUCGCUCGGCUCGUUGUUUUUUCGACGAACGCACACAUAAUAAGAGUUAACCAUGGUUCGCGAAGUGCAAGAUUUGGAUGAUUUCAAAGCUAUCCUUGCAGGAGCAGGAGACAAGCUGGUGGUGGUGGACUUCACAGCUACCUGGUGUGGCCCCUGCAAACAGAUUGCACCUGAGUUUGUUAAACUGUCAGAAGAUCCUGAAAACAAGAAUGUAAUUUUCCUGAAGGUGGAUGUGGACGAAGCUGAGGAUGUGAGCGGGCACUGCCAAAUUAACUGCAUGCCCACAUUUCACUUCUACAAGAACGGUCAGAAGGUGGCUGAGUUCUCUGGUGCCAACUUGGCAACACUGAAAGAAAAAGUAACAACUCUGAGAUAGACUGAAGCCUUCUUGACCAUCUACACACAAUCAAAUUAAAAACUGUUAUACCCCUUCCAGAUGCCUAAGAAACAAUUUGUUUCAUUAAAUGUAUAAUAACGUCAAGUCUUCUGUCCACCCUGGCAAUAAUUUAUUCCACUCAUCUUGUGGCUAAGAUACAGUCCUCUUAGUUCAGUGUGUGUAUUAACUGCCUGAAAGACAGUUUAAUACACUU